GUGGGGAAGACCAUCAAGGCGCGGGCGGAGGAAACAGGGAGCUGCGCAACAGGGGUCCUGGGAGGAUGGGACGAGAGUUGUCGAGGAGCUAGAGGAGACGGAAUUGGACAAUUCAGAUACACAAGGCGAUACGACUACCAGCAUUCGGAUGAUGACGAGCACGACAGCGAAGACGAUAGCGAGGACUCGGAAGAGUCCUCCUCGGAAGACGACGAAGAAGAGGAAGAAGAGAUUGAUUGGGAUCAGCUUUCUCCGGGAGAGCGGGAUGAGGCGCUCGCGCAAAGAGCUCUAGCCCGCAUCCGACGUGCACAAGAACGGGGCAAGCUCGAGGUCAACCUCAGCAAAGAAGAGAUGGCCGCCCUGGAACGACGGAGGAAGCGCAUUGAAAAGGAAGCACGGAAGCAGGAGCGUAAGCAGCGGCGCGAAAAGGAGCAGCGGUUCGCCAUUCCACUGUCGCAAUUCCAGCCAACCUCCUCUCGCAGAAGGUCGCCCACGUUGGCUUUGGAGGACGAUCUACCCCGCCAUCCGUCGCCUGGAACAUUCGCCAAUGUCCAAGACGGUGGCGCGAUGCCGCCCAUGGGAUACUUCCCGCCGCCCAACGCUUCGCGCACCCGCCCUAGAUCGGCAACUUCCGCCUCGCAGCGACCGACGUCUCGAAUCAUGGGCGAGAGGGGCUCGUCACCCUUCAACUAUGCCUACGUCCAGGGGUCUCCAGGCCAGCGUUUGCCAUCGGAUAACAUGUCGCCUGCUUCUUCGACCUCGUCUCUGCCCAAAUCUCGAAAUGGCGUCGACCCAUUCCAGUUCCAGACGGAAGGUCCCGCCAGUGCCGCUCGACGCAACGUAUCGGGCUCCACCGACGGGCGCCGAACAUCCGUGGCGCCUCCGACGGGUCGAGGCGGCCGGGCUCCGCGCAGGCCGCCACCCGAGGAGAGUAGCAGCGAAGAGAGCAGUGAGGCGAGCAGCGAGGAAAGCACUAGCGACGGCAUCGGAAACGGUGCUCAGAUCGUCCAGCCACCGCAACGUCCGCCGUCAUCCGGCCCGACUACACGAAGAGGCCGCAAGGAGGCUGUUGCCGUGGAGGAGGCUGCUGCCCGUGAACCGGCACGUGAGGUUUCGCGGGGGAAGAAGUCUGCCAACCCGUCGCCGUCGAAGAGAAAGCCUACCGGUGGUCGGCGCAAGAAGAAAUAG